UGAACCCAAAGCGAGGGGGAAAAGAGACACAAAGAUGGAAGUAUUUCAAGCAUUCCACAUGAAAGGAGGAGUAGGGGAAACCAGUUAUGCUGAAAACUCAUUUAUUCAGCUGAACAUAAUCCGCAUGGCAAAACCAAUCUGGGUGGAAGCCAUAACCAAACUGAUCAACUACUACAGCACAUUCCCGACAACCUUGGCAAUGGCAGACUUAGGUUGCUCUUCAGGACCUAAUACCCUAUAUGUUGUCUCUGAACUCAUAAAAGUAGUGGACAAGAUGCGCCAAGAGCUGGGCUGUCAAUCGCCGGAUUAUCAAGUCCUCUUGAGUGACCUUCCAGGGAAUGACUUCAAUUCAGUUUUUACCUCCCUUGCUGGUUUCCAGGAGAAACUCAAGAAAGAGCUAGGGAGUGGUAGUGGACCAUGCUUUUUCUCAGGGGUCCCUGGUUCUUUCUAUCACAGGCUUUUCCCCAGUAAGAGCCUCCAUUUUGUGCACUCUUCCACUAGCCUCCAUUGGCUAUCUCAGAGUUUUAGAUCAACAACAAUCAACUCAUCUCCUGGUGGUCAAGUCACACUGGAAAUUGCCAAAAACAGGAUCUUUGAAAAGGAAAAAAGGAUGCGGGCACUUGGAGUCUUCUCGCAACCAGAUACUCAAGCUCUUGUCACGGAGAAUAGAGGCAGGAGUAAAACCAGAGAACCUAGAGGACGAGGAGGCAGAUCCAGAUCAAAGUCCAAAAGUGGAGUAAAAUGUUAUCAUUGUGGCCGGUUAGGCCACAUGAGAAGGAAUUGCUACUUGUUGAAAGGAAAAGACAAGAAAAAGGUUGAAGAUAGCAAUACAACCGCUGUAGCAUCUACCAGUGGCGGUGACGUGACUCUACUAUGUGAUUGUGGGGAGUGCUACCAUGUAGAAAACUCGGAUGCCGAGUGGAUAAUUGAUUCUGGUGCCUCUUAUCAUUGUGUUCCCAAAAGGGAAUAUUUUUCAACAUACAAAGCAAGAGACUUUGGCACCAUAAAAAUGGGAAACAAGAGUGUUUCUCAUAUUAUGGGAAUUGGUGAUAUCUGUGUCCAGACAAAUGUUGGGUGCACAUUGACACUAAAAAUUGUGCGACAUGUUCCUGAUAUGCUUGAAGAUGAGGCUUCUCCAAAUUUAUGGCAUAAUAGAUUAGCUCACAUGAGUGAGAAAGGAUUGCAACUUUUGGCUAAGCAGUCCCUUAUUCCCAUGGCCAAAGGUGAAUAUGUGAAUCCUUGUGAUGUUUGCCUAUUUGGAAAGCAACACCAAGUUUCUUUUCAGAAGAAUUUGACUAGGAAGGAGAACAAGCUAGACUUGGUCUACUCUGACGUUUGUGGUCCCCUGGAGAAUAAAAGCCAAGUUUUCAAGUAUUUCCAGCAUUACCAUGCUAUGGUGGAAAGGGAGACAGGGUUGAAGUUGAAAUCUCUCCGUACAGAUAAUGGAGGGGAGUACACCUCCAAAGAAUUCAGAGACUACUGUUCCAAGCAUGGCAUGAGGCAUGAGAAGACAGUUCCUAGCACACCACAACACAACGGUGUUGCAGAACGGAUGAACCGUACCAUUGUGGAGAAAGUUCGAUGCAUGCUAAAAAUGGCAACUCUACCUAAGCCAUUCUGCGGUGAGGCAGUCAACACAGCAGUGUAUCUGAUCAACCGGUCACCUUCAGUUCCUUUGAAUUUUCAAAUCCCGGAGAAAGCUUGGACGGAAAAGGACGUUGGAUACUCUCACUUGAGAGUGUUCGGGUGCAAAGCAUUUAUGCACGUGCCAAAGGAACAUAGAUCAAAGCUGGAUGAUAAAGCCAUUCCAUGCAUUUUUGUUGGAUAUGGUGAUGAGGAGUUUGGCUACAAACUAUGGGACCUAGAAAAGAAGAAAACUGUCAGAAGUAGAGAUGUCGUGUUUCAUGAACACGAGAAAAUUAAUGAUUUGAAGAAGGACAAAGCUACAGGAAGCUCUGGAGAGGGUGUAGAAGAUUUAACACCGGCAAAAACUCCUUCAAGAAAAAUUACAGAUGAAGAAGAGGUGCAAGCACCAAAAGAUGAGACAGAGGAGCCAACAAUUGAAGAAGAUGAAGCAAGUAUAGAUGGGGGAAAUGAUGAGCAGGGGGAGCAACCCCUGCCACAGGAGGAAGAACCUCAGUUGAGAAGAAAGAUUCACACAAACAACAAUGUUGCUGAUAUGAUGACAAAAGUUCUUCCCAGGGAAAAGUUUGAAUAUUGCAAGAAGUUGGCUGGGAUGGACUCCAAGUAAGGAGUUAGGAUUUAUAUCUCCUCGCAUGGGGCUGGAGGGGGAGAUUGUUGGCAGAAGCUUCUAGUUCCAGCCCAUUUUCCACAACCUAUUGCAAGAGGUUGUAAGCUACAGGAGCCAUUGUGGAAAUUUACAAUGGUUAUUUCAACCAUUGUACAUGAACCUCAUUUAAUGAGGUAGAAAAUUUGCACCGGGCUAGUUGGGUUUUUUACCCUAUAAAUACCCAUGCAAUGG